UUCCUAUUAAAUUCGGACUGACUAGAUCUCCGUUCAUCUUCAUCGUCUCACAAGCCGUAAUUUCCCGUAAUUUCCCGCGAAAGCCAAAUUUCGGUACCACUUCUCUCUGACGGAUUUCCGUCAUCUCCAUCCGCGGAAGCAAUACGACCUUUCGAAGAGGUCGAUUGAAAUCCUAGUUUCAGAGUCGCCAUUGUGAGGCAUGAACAACGAUCGGUGCAUAAUAUGAAGAAAAAGGAGCUAAAGAAGAGCGCAUACGAGUACUGCCUCGUUUGCAAGCUAAACCAUGACCAAGGCCAGCGCCAUAAAUAUUUUCCCAACCACAAAAAAUCUCUUUCUUCUUUUCUAUCUCGGUUCGAGAUCAAGCUGUCCGACGUUCGCUUUUUUCUCAAAACUCCUUUUCGCCUCUCCCCGGAGUUUGCUUCUCACAAUCGGUUCUGGUGUAUCUUUUGCGAUGUUCAAGUUGAUGAGACUGAUAGUUCCUUCGCAUGUAGUAAUGCAAUUAAACACCUGGCCAGUGCGGAUCAUCUGAAAAAUUUGAAGCAUUUCUUCUGGAAGUAUGGCGGUGAUGUGGAACGUCUAGAUAGUUAUAGAAUUUUGGAGGCUGAUGUAGCUAAGUGGGAGAAGAAGUGCAAAGUACAAAGCGUAUCUGCUUCAUCCAGUCUUGGACCUGCAAAUGAUAUCCACAAUCAAGUCCAAUAUGAAAAUUUUGAUAAUUUUGGGAAUAAUAAUAUCCACUCUGUUGAAUCUAGUUCAUCAAUUAGUGUUUUGCCUUUACACAGUUAUACAAAUGAGUAUCAGGUAUCCAAUUCGUCCUAUUCAGGAUCCUCUGAUGUUUCAAAUUCGGUCUCGUUUCCACAUGAUACCACUGUUUCUUUGCAUGACGGCUCAUGUUCUGAUGCACAUCUAUGGAGCUCAAAGAAUUUAACACUUAGUGAGGUCAACAAGCAUUAUCAACUGGAUAGUGGUAGAACAUGCACUGCUAAUGGUCAAUCCAGUGGUCAGGGGAUGUACGGGACGCAUCAGAAUGAAACAACUGCGAACAAAGAAAGCCAUCCUGAGGGUUUUCAGACCCUCACUCGGAUUUCUAGUAUUGUUACUGGAGAUUCUGGAGGAAAUGUUCAUUCUGGGAUGUUGCCUCCUUGGCUUGAAAAGCCUGAAGAUAGUGGGUUUAAUGUUCAAAUAAGACCAAUGGUCAGAGGUGGUGUUUUUUCUUUGAAGGAAUCUGCAAAGUCCAAAAAACUGAAUCCCAAACGGGUAGGAGCUGCAUGGGCAGAAAAAAGAAAGAUGGAGCUGGAAAUGGAGAAGAGAGGAGAAAUUGUCCAAAGCUAUGAUGACAAGAAUUGGCUUCCUAAUUUUGGCAGGGUAUGGCAAUCUGGUAGCCGUAAAGAAUCUAGAAAAGAAUUUGAGAAGGAGAAAUCAAAAUUGCUGAUGGUCGAAAAUUCACCUGAAACAAAUGUCAAUAUUCAGCCGUACAUUAGCAAACGGAUGUUUUGCUGAUAAGGUAGUGGGAACUGGGAAGUUCCAAUACGUGACAAUAUUUUAAAGCGAAGAGACCAGGAGAACAAGGAAGAUGCUGCCAAUUACACGAGUGUAUAAGACAACGAUUCUCCAAAACUUCUCAUCUAGAGAAUUAUUGUACAUGGACAAUCCUUUUGAAAGAUCAGUUUGGAAAGAGAAUGAGGCUUGGAGUUUGAUAGGAAAUUUUAAAGGCUGACCGAUUUGCCACCUCUUCAUUACUUUAUUCACAAUCGUUCAAAUUUGUUGUAGUAGACAUGACAUUAAUUUUCUUUAAGAUGUCGGCUAAAAGAAUUUUUUGAGAUAUCAGUGGUAAUUGAGAACAGGAUUUCCUUAACGAACAUUGCCCAGGAUUAACUACCGUUGGGCCACUCUGCGUAUUGGAAUUAAUUGCAAAACAAAGUUUGCGUGCUCCA